AUGGAACUACAAUGCCCUGCCUUCCAAGUCCUGUCUACUUUCUUGCUUCUGGUGAUUCUGGUACUGAAAUUAGGGAAGAGAGGCCAAACAUACAGCUCCUCUGCUUCAAAUCUACCACCAGGACCAUGGAAGCUACCAAUUAUUGGAAACAUACACCAGCUCAUUGGCGCUCUACCCCAUCGCAGACUAAGAGACUUGGCUAAGCAACAUGGACCUCUUAUGCACCUCAAGCUUGGAGAAGUUUCCACCGUAGUUGUUUCAUCAGCAGAGUUUGCCAAAGAGGUGAUGCAGACCCAUGAUAUUAUCUUUGCAUCAAGGCCCCAGGUCCUUGCUUCAAAAAUCUUUUCAUAUGAUUCUACAAAUAUUUUAUUUGCUCCAUAUGGUGAUUACUGGAGAAGAUUACGAAAAAUUUGCACGCAGGAGCUCUUAAGUGCAAAGCGGUUUCAAUCGUACCGACCUAUAAGGGAAAGAGAGGUACUGAAUCUCAUCGAAUGGAUUGGUUCAAGAGUAGAAUCACCUUUAAAUAUUACUCAGAAAGUUGUGUCUACCACAUAUGGCAUCACUUCACAAGCAGCCUUCGGUAAUCAGUGCAAGGAUCAAGAAGAUUUCAUAUUCGUGAUGAAGGAAGCUAUCAAAGAAGCAUCAGGCUUCAAUGUGGCAGAUGUUUUUCCUUCUUUCAAAUUACUUCAUAUAAUAAGUGGAGUGCAGCUUAAACUUGAGAGGCUUCAGAAACAAGCUGAUAGAAUAUUGGAAAACAUCAUCAAAGAACAUAUGCAUGCUACAACAACAACGAAAAGUGAUGAGGCUCAAGUCCAGGAAGAUCUGCUAGAUGUUCUCCUAAAAUUUCACAACCAUUGUGGUGGCCACGAGUUUUCUUUGACUACUGACAACAUCAAAGCGGUGAUCAUGGAUAUAUUUACUGCUGGGAGUGAGACAUCAGCUAUAGUUGUGGAUUGGACAAUUGCAGAACUGAUAAAACAUCCGAGAAUCAUGAAAAUAGCACAGGAUGAGGUGAGGGAAGUGUUCAAUAGUACGCAGCAAGUAAACGAAACAAGCAUUAGAGAUAUGAAAUAUUUAAAGUUGGUUAUUCAAGAGGUACUGAGGUUGCACCCUCCUGCUCCCCUGCUACUUCCAAGAGAAUGUAGAGAGAGGUGUGAGAUUGAUGGAUAUGAAAUACCUGUCAAAACAAAGGUAAUCGUGAAUGCUUGGGCAAUUGGAAGAGAUCCUAAUUAUUGGAGUGAUCCGGAGACCUUUAAUCCAGAGAGAUUCCUUGAUAGCUCUAUUGACUACCAAGGAACAAACUUUGAUUAUCUCCCAUUUGGUUCUGGAAGGAGAAUAUGCCCUGGCAUGCUAUAUGGUUUGGCUAAUGUUGAGCUCCCACUAGCGAUGUUGUUAUAUCAUUUUGAUUGGAAACUCCCCAAUGGAAUGAAGAAUGAAGACUUGGACAUGACUGAAGAGUUAGGCGCUGUAUUCCGCAGAAAACAAGACCUGCACUUGAUUCCCACACCAUAUCAUCGUCCUCCUUCGACUGAUGCAAAUUCAAACAAAGAAAUAUAA